AUUUUCAUUUAUUAAAAAAAAUUCGUGCCGUACAGAACGUCGAUUGUUUUCUCUCUGCCAUCAAAUCAAAAAUCACACAAAUUCAUUCCAAAACUCUCCUCACGUCGACGGCUCACGCUCACACAACUUCUUCAAAGUGAAAUUUAUAUUUCAUUGAAAUUUAUCAUUUUAUUAUUUCAAUUUUGACUGCAACUUAAACAAAAAUGGCUGGAGGUAAAGCUGGAAAAGAUUCUGGGAAGGCAAAAGCAAAGGCAGUAUCACGAUCUGCACGAGCAGGACUUCAGUUCCCUGUUGGUAGGAUCCAUAGGCACUUGAAGAGCCGAACCACAAGUCAUGGACGCGUUGGAGCAACCGCCGCUGUAUAUUCUGCUGCUAUUUUAGAAUAUCUAACUGCUGAGGUUCUCGAAUUAGCUGGUAAUGCAUCAAAGGAUUUAAAAGUAAAACGUAUCACCCCUCGUCAUUUACAAUUGGCCAUUCGUGGAGACGAAGAAUUGGACAGUCUGAUCAAAGCCACUAUUGCCGGAGGUGGUGUCAUUCCACAUAUUCACAAAUCUUUGAUUGGAAAAAAGGAGGACAAUGUUCAAGACUCUCAGCGAAAGAAUACUGUCAUUUUGUCCCAAGGGUAUUAAAGCUUAUUUCCGUAUUGUUAUGAUAAAAUUAACGUACUUUUAAUAAUUAAAUAAUAUUUUACAUAAAUAUUUUUUAUUUCUAAUGAAAAAAAAAACAACAAAAAACUAAAAAAAAACGACCACAAUCACUUCUUUUUUAAAAAACGAUUGAAUAAAUAAAUUUUAAUGUAAUUUUUUUGUUUGGAAAA